AUGAUCUUUCAGCGCCUACCCCUUGCCGCCCUCAGGACCACCUACCUCACAAGCCGACUACUGAGACAGCUCAGCCGAGACGCCGGGCGCGUACUCUGGCGAGGACGGCGAUUUUGGGAUACUCGCCACCCUAACUUCUCGCCACGAGCAUGCCCUACUGAUCCAUCUCUCAGAUCCAUUAAGACGCUCGUCACUGUCUCGCGUGCCGAAGUGAUAGGCUCAUUAGCGGACGAGCCAGAGUCGUCCCGCCCUGCUACCGUUGACAGCCUCGAUCCUGCUGAUAUCCCCUCCGAUCUUCAGGACCGUCAGUUCGGUGUGGUCUACUAUCGUCACAGUGAUGCGAGAAACCCAACCUCAUCACAGACGUGCCGAUUGCACGCCUUCCCCCCGGUCCUAUCACACUUCAAGGCGAAGCUGCUCGCGGUGAAGAAUGACCUCCCCGUCGGACAUCUCAAGGAUGGCUCACACCUUCCUGAUGGUAUCAAAAACAACUACGAGACCAUUGUGCAGAUCGUCGAUCCAGCCGCAGGACCAUGGGAAGAAAGAUCUAUCCUUGCAGGGUCUCUAACAGUGGGUGGACCAGACGCCGCGUUGCUGUAUCCCGCCUGGGCGAGCAGCACAGCGGAGUGCAUCGAGAACGUGGCAGAGGCGCUGGCCCUCGCUUCUGCUCUGGGCAGAUCGACCACCCUCGCUUUGUACCGCAGCCCCGCGGAUACUGGGAUCGAUGCAGAAGCUGACCGCGAUUUCAUUACGGACAUCACGGCUAGUGUGAGAACCGCUCCGCCCGGGGAAGAUUUCGCAGCGGAUGGCAACCCUCAGCAUCAUGGGGACGGCUCGGAUUACGAUGAGGCGAUGCUCGCUGAAUGGGAUGUGACCGAGUACGAGAAGGCACUGGAUGCCGAGAUAGCACUUCUGCGGCAGUGGAAUCAGAGCAAAGCGGUGGGGACGACAUCUCCGAAUGUUGCAGCUGCGGCUGAGUAG